GCCACUCUUUCCUGUCAAAAACAGCUGUUUUUCCUCCCAGCUGCCGGGGAAGAUCUAGGAGCUCCAGAAGCCAAAACAAAAUGAAAGAUCAUGAGUAUUGAUGCUGGGGGAAAUACCAGGGCCACAGCAGACAUGCAUAUCACACCAAACAACAUCACACUGAACGCGAAGUAGCCUGGGAAUAGGAUUUGUGAAUUCCAUAGUUCACCGAAUUUACUUAAGUGUAGAUUGAUGCAUGAUUACGUUCGGAGCGCAUUCAGAAUGUGAGCGAAUGUGUUCUGAUAAUCUUUCGCGCAAUAAAGUGAAUACGCAUGAUUGCAUUUAGGAUGACACUGGAUUAUACUUCCAAUUUCAGUUGUGUGAUAUUGUCCGUUGUAAUUAAGGAUGAAUCUGCCUAUGGAGUAAAAUGAGAUAGAGAAUCCUGAAAUAUCACAGUGAAUUAAUUAGCAGCAAAAGGAGAGCUUAGAUGAUUCUGCCUUAUUCUUUCCCACCAGUCUUUUUUCUCUUCCUUUCUACUCCUAUUAGAGCUUGUGUGUGUCCCAUAUGUAUAUUGGCCACAACUGGAAUAAAAUCAACUUGAAGAAGGAAGUAAAAUGGUCACAUAUGUCCAGAUGAAGGAUUAAACACUCCUCCCUCCUGCUGGUUUCCCCUUCCAAACCAAGUCUCUGUUUUGUAGGCCAGAGUUUGUGGGUUUAGGUCUCCAAUGAUUAUCUAGUUUGGUCUUCUGGUGGGGCAAUAGAUAGAGGGAGGAAAAUAGUUCUCAUGAUGGACACUUUCAUUUGAAAAUAAAUGAAAAAGCAUGGUUCGUAGCGCAUGAAAAUGCUUUUGUGACAAGAAGGGGAGUUAACGGGGGAUGGGAUUGUAGUUUGCAAACUCUCAUAGUCUGUCUUUCUUUUUCUUUUUUUGUCUGCCUCUUGUCGCCUCUUUCCAUAUCUCAACAGGCUCCUAGUUCACUCUAAAGCCGAUGAUGAGGAAACAAAGGUAAAGAAUGAUGUAAUGGCAGGACCAGCCGAAAAGCAUCUUUUGUUUGAGUUGUGAAAUGGCUACUCUAUACCCCAAGAUGAAUUGGUUGUGAGGGGCUGCUUUGUGGAGCAAGUCCUGUAUAACCAGCACAUCAACUCGGGAGCCAGAGGAGGCAUUCAUCUUUGGAGGACCCUCUCAAGAGAAAAUGGGUCUAACUUUUCUCUUGCCAGUUACUACCAGUAUGACCUCAUACACUUUCAGUACAAUUGAAUGGUUAAGCCUUUAAGUGCAUAGCCAUUACAUCAUCAUCUUCAUCAUUGCUGCAAAUUAGAGAGGAAGGCAAGAAAGGCCUCAUUUGUUGUCAUGGCUGAUGCAGUGAAUGGUACUCGACUCAUUUUUGGCGAGAGGCUAGUGGCUUUGCUGGAAAGCGGCAUGGAAAAAUUGCUGCUGAUUGACAGCCGCCCCUUUGUGGAAUACAAUACAUCACACAUUCUGGAUGCCAUCAACAUCAAUUGCUCCAAGCUCAUGAAGCGGAGGCUGCAGCAGGAUAAAGUUUUGAUCACAGAACUCAUUCAGCACUCUGCAAAGCACAAGGUUGAAAUUGACAGCAAGCAAGAAGUGGUGGUAUAUGAUCAAAGCUCAAACAAUGUCACUACUGUCUCUUCUGAUUCUUUUCUGAGCGUUCUGCUAGGAAAACUGGAGAAGAAUUUCAGUUGUGUUCACCUGCUUGCAGGUGGAUUUGCUGAAUUUUCCAGAUGUUUCCCUGGCCUUUGUGAAGGGAAAUCUGUUCUAGUGCCUUCAUGCAUUUCUCAGCCCUGCUUACCAGUCUCCAACACUGGGCCGACCCGCAUUCUUCCUCAUCUUUACCUUGGGUGCCAGAGAGAUGUCCUCAACAAGGAGCUGAUGCAGCAGAACGACAUUGGCUAUGUAUUAAAUGCCAGUAAUACUUGCCCCAAGCCUGACUUCAUUCCAGAGUCCCACUUCUUAAGAGUGCCUGUGAAUGACAGUUUCUGUGAAAAGAUUUUCCCCUGGCUGGACAAGUCUGUAGAUUUUAUAGAAAAAGCUAAAGCCUCAAAUGGUCGUGUUUUGGUUCACUGUUUAGCUGGAAUAUCUCGCUCUGCCACCAUUGCAAUUGCAUACAUAAUGAAAAGAAUGGAUAUGUCUUUGGAUGAAGCCUACAGAUUUGUGAAAGAGAAGAGGCCGACCAUUUCUCCCAACUUCAACUUCCUCGGUCAACUUCUGGACUUUGAAAAGAAAAUAAAGAACCAGAGUGGCCAAAUGGGACCACUUUGCAGCAAACUGAAGCUUUUGCAUUUAGAAAAAAGCAGUGAUCAUGGAGUGGGGGGUGGACAGAACAGCAGCCUCCAUUCCUCUCCUCAGCUCUGUACUAUGUCUACCUCAGAGACCAUGGAGCAGAAGCCAGCAGAAACUGGAAAUCUGCCCAGUUGCCAUUUGCUCUCGUUAGAGGACAGUCCCUUGGUACAAGGCAUAAUUGGACUCAAUGUGUCCUCUGACAAAGUUGAAGACAAUAACAGGCUGAAGCGCUCAUUUUCCUUGGAUAUAAAGUCUGUAUCUUGUGUGGCAAGUAGCAACUGUGUCACAACUUCAGCACAGGGCUAUCCUUCCUUGGAGGACACAUUAGAAUACUACAAGCAUUCAGCCACUUUGGAAGGUGGCAGCAAAUUAUGCCAGUUUUCCCCUGUUCAGGAGGUUUCGGAACAGACGCCUGAAAGCAGCCCAGAUAAAGAGGAGGCAAAGCCUCCUGAAAAAUCCCAGAAUGCCUGGCAGCUGGACAGCCAGAGCAAAUGGCAACCCUUAGGAAGAACCACUAGUGCCACUCAGAGGUCGCUCUUGUACCCAUUGCACCGAACUGGCAGUAUGGAGGACAAUUAUAGAACAAACUUUGUCUUUGGCCUUUCAACCAGUCAGCAGCAUUUGGCCAAGUCUGCUGCUGGGCUGGGCCUGAAAGGCUGGCAUUCGGACAUCUUGGCUCCUCAGGCUUCUACGACAACAUCUCUGAGCAACAGCUGGUAUUUUGCUACAGAUGCCUCUCACUUUUAUUCUGCUUCUGCUCUAUAUGGGAGCAGCACUACCUACUCUUCCUUUGGGGGCAGCCAACUACCCACAGGGUGUGAGCAAGCUUAUGCCGUCCGCAGGAGAGAGAAGCACGGUGACCGAGGAGACUCUCGUCGGAGCUGGCAUGAGGAGAGUUCCUUUGAGAAGCAGUUUAAGAGAAGGAGCUGCCAGAUGGAAUUUGGGGAAAGUAUAAUGUCAGACAACAGGAGCCGAGAGGAACUUGGGAAAGUGGGCAGCCAGUCUAGCUUUUCAGGCAGCAUGGAGAUUAUUGAAGUAUCUUGAAGCUCUGUUCCAUGAUUCUAUGUUUUCCCUCAUUUUGUGUAAAAUAAUUCCCUGUAAAUCUGAAAUUUCUAGGAAAUGCGAACCAUGGGGCUUCAUUGUGAAGGAAAUGAUGGUGUGUGUGUGAAUGUGUAUUAAAAAGAGAAGUGAAAUGACUAAA